CUCUCUCCACCAGCAGCAGCGUAGGUACGUCGGCGGGGUAUCAGAGCCCAGUUCAUUAGCAUGUUAGGCGCGUCCUUUACGCACGUCAGCCAAUCAGUUUGGAGCAUGCAGAAACAAGCCACGCCCGCGCGGCAACUCGUGUCGCGCGCUUCUCAAAGCAUUGUCCCGGUAGACAAAAAGUUUUAGACUUUUUCUUGUGUUGGGCUUUAGAAAGCUGACGGUGUGCGUGGAUGUGUUCACCUGCGGUGCUAUUAGGGUACCUUUAAAGCUCCUAAAGGAGUUGCUGAUUGCAUGGUUCUUUGCACCCCGGCUGCCAAAGCAGAGAAGUAUUUAUUGAGCGCCCCGUGGGGUUUAAAGUUCUGGCUAUAUUAUUAGCAGGUAGUUAGCCGGUAAAUAACAUCGGUAACAAUGUCGGCGGUGUGUCAGCAACGACGUGUCUUGAUGGAGAUACCUGCCCCACAACCUAAAAUCGCAGCUCGAAUGAGGAGGUCUUACUUAGAAAUCCUCGGAGCUCGUUUCGGCCCUGCACCACCAUCAAGAGGCAGCAGAAACACAAACACAAAGCGAGCACACUCUUUGGACCUGUCCUUCGGUGGCGUAUGGGGAGAAAGAAUCGAGAGCCAGUGUGAAAAGAUGGACGAUCAUCCGACCCCACUCUCCAAACAGCAGCUUGUUCAGCUCAUCAGAUCACUCAUCUUGGUUGAACAGAGCCAUGAGCCCAAAAUGAUGGCAACAGACCUCAAGUGUCUCCAGGAAGACCUCCAGCUAAAGAAGACAAAUGUUUACAGGUCCAUCCCAUACUCACGGUUUGGCUCCAACCGGGACGCUCACUGCUACAGAAAGGCGUAUCCUCACCUGGUGGCAUUCAAAGUUUCAUGUCAGGAGUGGGGCCAAGUUCUCCUGAGGAACAAAGAGUGGGAUGCUGUGUUGGAGCACUCCCUCAUGGCAUGGCGAUACACCAGCGAUUUACCGCAGUGGGACACGGUCAGCCACAACGCGUUGAGAGAGCAGUGCUACGGCAUCCUGGCUGCUCACAGUCUGGCUGCGCUCCAGCACUACCGCCCAGAGCCCAGCAGAGGACAGGAACUGCUCAGGAGGUUUAAGAUGGCUCAGCUGCAAAGCCAGUUGAUAGUCCCCUGCAUUGAGGGACUGCAAAGGAUUAUGGGAUACACAGAAGAUAUUUCCAUGGAUACAAAGUGACCUGAUGAUUCUGCUCAGCAGCUGGAUACUGAGGUGUGAAAACUGUGCCUCAAGGUUAAUUCCUCAAAUGAUUGUUUUAAUUGAUCGAAAAUGCUGUUUGCUUGGCUGAUUAAUCACAGAAUCCACAACAGUAUUCUUCCAAAGGACUGGUGCUAUAUGAUCUGUGUGUGUUUUUGUUUGGGGUCUUUUUUUGCUUUAAAUAAGAGAAUCAACUUAAUUGAUUAGUUUACUUUAUCUACUACUUUCACACCAAUUUUUAUUACAUUUUGCUACAAGAUGGACAGCUGAAAUAUAAAGUAAUGUAGAUUUUAAAAUGUGUUCUUAAUGAUCCUUUAAAAAGCAACUAAUGCUGGAUUUGAUCACAUUAGAAGAAAAAGCUUAGAUGCUCUAAUUUGGCAUCUUUAUAUAUAAUUUUCAAGCCCUUUAAAAAUAUUCUCCCUUUUCACAGUGUUAAUAUUCACUUGGUACUGGCAGGGGUUUAAAUAAGUGUGUGUAUGUAUAUUUAUACUUUUAGAGCUGUUUAGAGAAUAAUUUGCUUUGACAGAUGAAUUGUUAAGAAGGUUAUUGCCUUUCAUGUUACUGUUGGAAACCAUGUAACAUGUCUGCUUUGUCUUGUCUCGUGAUUUCCUGUUGUGUAGUGUCUCGUGUUUUUCAUGGAGUCCUUUAUUGCACUGUCGGUGUUUGUCCUGAAAACUUGAAAGUUUUGAUAAAAUAGAUUUCUAAUUUAAAUAAAAUUGAUACGAACUCUUGAUUGUUAUGUAUGUUGGUUUUGUUCAAAUGUCUAAUUUUGUACUGUCGAGAUUUAUAGGCUAUGUAGAGUUGCAAAUGUGUGUGGUAUUUUUUAUUUAUUUGUAGUUUUACACAUUUUUAUUUUGAGUGACUUGUGAAGAAAAUUCCCAUUCUUAAAAGUUUAUUGGGUUUCUUUUAUCAUUUCUUUUCUCUGGAUUUUAAGUUACCACCAGGCACCACUAGAUGGAGCCCUUG